CGACUCUCAUCACUCUAGCAUUGCUGUGCAAGCAGAUGUUCUCGCUCUCUUUUGUCAGAAUAUACAUUUUAUUCAUUGGGAUAAGGCAUUCUUUCGAAAGCAACCAAAAAUUUGGCGACACAGGGUGAAAUUGCCUGCGACCUGCCCGCAAGUGCAUCCCGAACGGUCGCAGAUAAUUAAGAGACUGAAACACGAGGCAAAGAAGAGUGCCCGUUCCUUUAUUUACCACACCUGUGAUGCGUUGUUCGGAGCAACGGAGACGCACGACGGGGAUACAGAUGGCCAAGACAGGCGAGGAGGAUACGUGUUAAGGAGAACAAACUCAUUCUAAAUGCGUUGUGAGACGGUUUAGGUGCGACAGAGGACGCCCUUCGGACCCAGAGACCCAAUUUACAAUAUUUUCUCUCCUCCCGGUUUUACGAAAAAACUUCAAUUGUGAAGUGGUGAAAAAGAUGAUACCGUUAUCACCGGGCCCCUUUGUCCGCUGUAGAUCCACUUCUACGCUGCUGAUGCUCUGCUGGAUCUUCGCUGGCUUCACCUGCACUGGUUCCGAGCACGCCGCCACGUCGACGCUUCCUGCCGCCUUCACCGACCUGCUACCUCACUUCCUGGUGGAGCCCGAGGACGAGUACAUUGUGAAGAACAAGCCGGUGACGCUGACCUGCCGCUCCACCCCCGCCACCCAGAUCUACUUCAAGUGCAACGGGGAAUGGGUUCACCAGGACGACCACCUGAUCGAGCGCACCAUCGACCCGGCCACAGCCCUUCCCAUCAUGCAGGUGAAGAUCGACAUCACCCGGCAGCAGGUGGAGAAGGUGUUCGGGCUGGAUGAGUACUGGUGCCAGUGCGUGGCGUGGAGUACCACGGGAACUCAGAAGAGCCAGAAAGCCUUUAUCAGGAUCGCCUACCUGCGGAAGAACUUUGAAGAGGAGCCCCAGGGGAAGGAGGUGACUCUGGACCAGGAGGUGUUGUUGCGAUGCCAUCCUCCCGAAGGGGUGCCUCCGCCUGAGGUGGAGUGGCAGCGGAACGAGGACGUGUUGGACCCGGCCAGCGACCCCAACUUCUUCGUCACCGCCGACCACAACCUCAUCAUCAAGCAGGCGCGCCUGGCCGACACGGGCAACUACACGUGCGCCGCCAAGAACAUCGUCGCCCGCCGCAAGAGUCCCUCAGCCACCGUGGUGGUCUAUGUCAACGGCGGCUGGUCCACGUGGACAACGUGGUCGUCCUGCAGUGCCGUGUGUGGGCGGGGCUGGCAGAAGAGGAGUCGCAGCUGCACCAACCCCACGCCGCUGAAUGGAGGCACGUCCUGCGAGGGGCAGAACGUCCAGAAAAGUGCCUGCGUGGCCACCUGUCCAGUAGACGGAGGCUGGAGUGAGUGGAGCAAAUGGUCGGCGUGCGGCGCCGACUGCUCCAUGUGGCGGAGCCGCGAGUGCACCCAGCCCGCCCCCAGCACCGGGGGCAAGGACUGCCAGGGGCUGGACCUGCAGUCCCUCAACUGCACCAGCCUGGAGUGUCCACAGACGGCAAGCGGGGCCGAGGACGUGGCCCUCUACGUGGGCAUGGUGGCGGUGGCACUGUGUCUGACGCUGCUGCUCAUCGUGGUGGUGCUGGUGUACCGCCGGCGCAAGGAGGGCCUGGACGCCGACGUGGCCGACUCCUCCAUCCUCACCACGGGCUUCCAGCCCAUGGGCAUCAAGCCCACCAAGCCAGAGAACUCCCACCUGCUCACCAUCCAGCCCGACCUGACCUCCACCAGCACCAGCUACCAGGGAACCCUGCGCUCGCGCCACGACACCGUGGGCAAGUUCUCCAUGGCCAACGGGCCCCUGCUGGACCCGCUGCCCAACGGCUCGCACACUCUGCACAACGGCAAGCUCGGCGCCGACCCCGGAGAGUUUGUGAGCCGGCUGACCGCGCAGGGCUACUUCAAGACGCUGCCGCGCGACGUGGACAACACGUCCUACGGCACCUUCAACUUCCUGGGGGGCCGGCUCACCCUCCCCAACACAGGAAUCAGCCUGCUCAUCCCUCCGGAGGCCAUCCCCAGGGGGAAGAUCUAUGAGAUUUAUCUCACUGUUCAGAGGAAGGAGGAUAUAAGGUUACCGUUGGCCGGUUGCCAGACCCUGCUCAGUCCUGUUGUGAGCUGCGGACCCCCAGGGGUGGUCUUAACCCGGCCCGUCAUACUGAGCAUGGACCACUGCUCUGACGCCUGCCCCGAGAACUGGGCGGUCCGCCUCAAGAAGCAGAACUAUGAGGGCACUUGGGAGGACGUGUUGCUCAUGGGCGAGGAGCACCCGUCGGACCCGUACUACUGCCAGCUGGAGGCGGAGACGUGCCGGGUGUUCUCGGAGCAGAUGGGCCGCUUCGCCCUGGUGGGGGAGUCGCUGCACAUGGGCGCGGCCAAGCGGCUGCGGCUGGUGCUGUUCUCGGACGCCUACUGCACCACGCUGGAGUACAACAUCCGGGUGUACUGCAUGGACGACACGCAGGACGUGUUCAAGGAGGUGAUGCAGAUGGAGCGUCAGCUCGGGGGUCGUCUGAUAGAUGAGCCACACCUCCUCCUGUUCAAAGACAGCUACCACAACCUGCGCCUGUCCAUCCACGACAUGCCGCAGGCUCACUGGAGGAGCAAGCUGCUGGCCGGCUACCAGGAGAUCCCGUUCUACCACAUCUGGAACGGUUCCCAGCGGUACCUGCACUGCACCUUCACUCUGGAGCGCCUCAGCCUGGCCACCUGCCAGCUCAGCUGCCAGCUGUGCGUUUGGCAGGUGGAGGGGGAGGGCCAGAGCUUUGGCCUGGACUUCAACAUCGCCAAGGACACGCGGGCGAUGGACUCUGAGUUCCUGCUGAUGGACAGCAGCAGCACGGCUCUGGCUGGGCCCAGCGCCUUCCAGAUACCGUACCUCAUCCGGCAGAAGAUCUGCAGCAGCCUGGACACGCCCUGUCCCAACGGGGCCGACUGGAGGAUGCUGGCGCAGAGACUCAAGCUGGACAGACACAUGAGUUUCUUUGCCUCCAACGUGAGUCCGACCUCUGUGAUUCUGGACCUAUGGGAGGCACAACAUUUCCACAGCGGCAACAUCAACCAGCUGGCCACCGUCAUGGCCGACAUCGGCAAACAGGAGGCCAUGAUAUUCCUCGUCUCCGACGGAGAGUGCUAACCCAGAGGACGAGGAAGAGAAGAGCUGGUCCGAAGGAAAGAACAGACGACAGAAGCAGCAACAGCAACUGGACAAUAACUGUACGACAACUGUUUCGGCAACAGUGGAGGAAUAGUGAAGAAGUGCUUUUAUAUUGUUGUUAUUGAUAUUAUUAUCGCUUUUUUUUGUCAAAACUGAAUUGGGGAUCUAUGUUGAAACGGGGUGAACUUGGUUUAAACGAGAGAGCCCGAAAACUUGUCCAGUCUUGUUCAGAAAGGUGACCCUCAUAGACGACGGAUAGGAGCCUUCCUGUUAAAUAGGAAUCUCUAACAGAGAAGUGAUGGAAUUCACAAGCCCCCCCCCCCCCC